AUGUCCUCCCCCCGCGACCGCAAGCGCCAGCGCUCGCCCGGGCCCUCAUCCGAGGACGAAGGCCACCGCCUGCGCCCGUCGCAAGCCGAGCGCAAGCGCGAGCUGGAGCGCAACCGCCGCAACCUCGUCAACGUCCGCUUCGCCGAGCUAGAGGCCAAGCUGCACCUGAUGACCCCGCGCCCGGACGCCUCGGGCCGCCUCGUCCUCCCGGCCGACCCGCCCGUGCCGCCGCCGCGCGGCAAGCGCAUCGACAAGGAGGCCGUCCUCAAGGAGGCCGCCCACCGCCUCGCCGCCCAGAGCAAGGAUCUCGCCUCGCUCGGCGACCGCGUCUCCGCCAUCAACAAGGAGAUCGACAACCUCCGCGCCGAAAAGGUCGAGCUGCGCGCGGACAAGGCCUACCUCCGCACCGAGCUCGACACCGUCCGCGAGGAGGUCAAGCGCCUCCGCACCGACAACAUCAUGCUCUGGCAGGCCCUCAAGAAGGCUAGCUCGCUCAAGGACUCGUUUGCCCCCGACGUCGCUAAGAUCCCCGCAGAGCUCUUCCUGCGCCGCGCCAUCCCAGACGGCCUGGCCUCUGCCCUGAGUCAGCCCGUCCCGCACGCGUCCGCCGCCCCCGCCAUCCCGCCGCGCCCCGCACAGCCCAUGUCCACACCCAUGCAGCGCCAUCGUCACCACCAGCAGCAAAUACACAACGCCUUGUCAUCCCAGACACCGAGCCACCAGAGCUCCCCCAACGCCCAAGCCCACCAGUCCGCCAUCGCCACAGACUCGUUUUUGGUCCUGCAGACCCCGGAGGAGCUGUCCGAGUUUUUCCACAUGCCGCAAGGCAUGCAGCCGUUCGGCGUCGCUUCCAGGGUCGACGAGAAGGGUGGUUUGAGGAAUAGCCCCAACUUGACCGCCAUGGGAGGCGCCUCCCCGCCGCAGAGCAUGCCUAUGGCCCAUCAGACCAUCAGAAACGCCGAUGCAAACUCCACAAAGGAUGACCCAGAAGAGAACGAUUUAUUCUCAGAUGUUGCCCCGUGUGUGUGAAGGGGGUGGCCUGGGACGUCGCUUGUUUGUUAGUAAAGUGAGGACGAGAAGAAGAUCAGGGGGUCGGGGGAGAGCGGUGAGAGGUGUCUGGGCUUCGGGAGGAUGGUGAUGUGAGCUUGAGUUUGGACCGUGGAAGGGCUUGCCGUCAUCGAACAUACGUUUCCACUCCCACCAGUUUGUUUCCGCAUUUGUUCACGUGAAGAUGCCCGGAUCGGCACACAGGGCUGGAGUACCAAGAGCUCUAUCUUUCUAUCCCGGCCAUGUUGCCGUCGCUGCUGCCAAGAGAUCUGGCGUCAACAUGCGGUGGGAAGCAACUCGUGCCGAUUUGGUAGGCUUCUGAAGCCAUCGCGUUGGCUUGGGUUUGCCUAUCGUGAAUUUGCCUGCACCAUUUUUUAACGCAAGGGGUAUCAUGUAUUUGUGGUACGACUUUUUCGGCCCUGUAUGAACAGAGCAGCGUUUAGCAGAAUAUCGCAGACGGGAUCGCGGCACUCCCGGAAGUCCCGCCUUUGUUCGCCUCUCAAUUUUGGAUGAGGUAUCCGAAGUAUCAAGGUGCGGAUAUGAAUGAAUGACACACACCCCACACCGACAUCAUGUGCAAACACCAUGAAGGCCGUCUUGAUCACGUUACAUCGCUCGUGUUUCCGAGAUAGUACUCACUGUGGUGCUUGAUUGCAAAUUCUAGGUUGGAAACUGCCUGUUGAAAACGCACCUCUGGAUGCACUCUCUGCGAUUGUGUGCGUUUGGACACUGUGUGUGCAGGAUAUUGACGGCCGGACAACUCGCUGACCAUGGGCUGUAAAACCGUGGUACGCUGCAUCAACCGUUCACUCAAGAAACAAUGGUGUACUUUUGCGUGAGUUUGCUUGUAUUUCCAUUGUAGCAAGUGUCAUGUAGUUUAAAACCGCAGUAAUAGUCCGUAAGAACUCCUUUUACUGGAGAUGAAAGGGGCACAGAAGAAUGAAAUGUCCAACAAUAUCAACACCUAUCAUGCACUAGGCGUUAGGCGCUCCCCAUGGACGGUUUCAUGUGACCGCUAUCAAUACCGUCUCAGCUCGCAGAAUGUCGAAGAGCAUGCUACUGUACCAGGGAGUCACAUGCCAGGAAGGCGGCUGGGGCUGACUAUCACCCUAUAUCUCAACAGCCAUGGUUGCUACUUUUCAAACGCGAGUGUUGUGUGUGAGCGGUACUCUCCCGCGAUUCACCUGUUUUACGACUGCGUUUUUGAGCACUGAGAAAUGUAAAGUUGGAUUUGUCCAAAGCGCCUCCCA